UCAUUAAGGGAGAGUUGAGGGGAAGUUCCAAAGUGGUGAACCGCGCGAGAGUGACCGAAGGAGCGAUCUCUUAUCGCAGCGAUCAUGAGCAAACCGUGGAAAGGCAUGAAGGAGUUCGUCGGCCUGGAGGAGGUCACCAAGCUCGACUUUCUGGUGAUGCUGUUCGCCGAGAUCCUGGGCACGUUCCUGCUGGUCCUCCUAGGCUGCGCUUCGUGCAUCACGUGGAUAGACACGAAGCCGCCGAACGUCUUGCACAUCGCGUUCACCUUCGGCCUCGCGGUGGCAAGUUUGGCGCAGGCUCUAGGUCCGAUUUCCGGAUGUCACGUGAAUCCGGCUGUGUCGUUCGGUCUACUGGUGAGCGGAAAUUGCAGUCUCCUCAAAACCGUCUGUUAUGUGGUUUGCCAGUGUUGCGGCGCUAUAGCGGGAUCCGCUGUUCUCAAGCUGAUUCUACCUAAAACGCAAGUCGCUCAGGGCCUAGGCGUCACCGCGUUGGACUCCAACGUAACCGCGGCGCAGGGCGUAGGGAUGGAGAUAAUCAUCACGUUCCUACUGGUGCUGGUCGUGCAUGCCGUCACGGAUCCCAAGAGGACCGACGUGAAGGGUUGGGCCCCGCUCGCGAUCGGCCUGACGAUCGCGGUGGCCCACAUGGCGGCGGUGCCCAUCACCGGCAGCAGCAUGAACCCCGCCAGGAGUCUCGGCCCGGCCGUGGUGGACGACAAGUACGAGCAUCUGUGGAUCUACUGGGUGGGCCCGCUCGUCGGCGCCGGCGUGGCCGGCGUCGUGUACAGAAUGGGCCUGAGGGCCAACAGAGAGGACGACGAGGGCUCGUACGACUUCUAGGAGCGACUUCCGAAUUCUAUACGAACGCUCGAGAUGGAUUCUGAUAAUAGUAUUCUGCGCAGACCGCAGGUCUCCGCGGUGUAAAUAAAGAAGUAGAAUUGGUGAGGAUGACGAGAGAGAGAAAGAUGUGACAACCACGCGACACGGUUACGCGAUCUUCAUCCGUUGCAUUUAACGGCAAUUAACAAGAUUCGCGAAGAAAUACGAUUUGUCGAAAAUAUUUCUUAGUGGAAUUGAACGCUGCGGAUUAAAGGGGAAAAUUAGAGUCUUGGACUCGAUGCGGAAGAAAAACAAUUGUUUCUGUUAAAAUUAUUUUUGUAUAAAUUUUCUUUCAAAAAUCUAUAUUCAAUAUUUCGUACCUAUGUCUUAUCGUAAUGUUCUAGUUUAUCUGGAAAUUAAUUACAUUAUUUACAUUCAUUUACCAGUAUUGAAUGAUGUCUAGUACAUUAUUUGUGACGUAGAGUUCCUUUAAUCGACAGCGUUCAAUUGAAAAAAAUUCCAAUUAAAGAAGCAGAAAUACAUCGAUAUUAUUGUAUAAUGCACAACGUACAAAAAAUUGCAGAAUAAUUUAAUAUUAAUAUUUUGGUAAUAUUAUUAUAUGUAUAUUAAAUAUAAUAACGGAGUAAGAAAUGUAUAUGAUAUUAUCAUACAUACGUCAAAAAUUCCCUUUCUCCCGUUUUAAGAAAUUAGUAUUUUAAAGUAUUCCCUUAGAAUAUGCAAACAGAGAUUUCUUCAAUCAUUAUUAUCAGAGUGUAAUAUCGUGACGCCGACAUAUUUCGAGAUUAUUUAUCAAUCGACACCUUCGUUUCGUACGAAUUUUAUAAGUGCAUCCGCUAUUUUGUACAUCGCCAAUCUGAGUUUUGUAUAUAUAUCGUUAACUUAAGAUAACUCACGUAUAGCGAUUGAUUUAACGAUCUAGAUAAAGACGUAACGUAGUCUAGCGUUUAAUUAGUUUACAGUGCAUUCCGACACAAUGACAACAGCGUUAACAAAUAUAUUUUACCGUCAGUA